UAAGCCGCCGCUGCCUGGGAGCUAGCCGCAAACAUGGCGCUGUGCACCUUCAGCAAACUGUCACAUCUGCUGAGAUUAUCCGUCAGCAAACCCGCCGGUUUACGAACAGGGAUGCUCCUACGGCACGGCGCGGCGUGCUGCGCAAACUCCGUCCGCUGCCACGGGACGGCGGACAGCAAGGCGCUGCAGGAACGACAGAGGCAGCAGAUGGCCAGAGGGCUGCCCAAACAGAAGCCCAUCACCGGGGUCAAACAGGUCAUCGUCGUGGCGUCGGGGAAAGGCGGCGUGGGCAAAUCCACCACUGCAGUGAAUCUGGCGCUCGGACUGACAGCCGUCAACCCGUCGAAGUCAGUUGGAGUGUUGGACGCUGACGUUCACGGCCCGUCGAUUCCCAAACUGAUGAACCUGAAGGGAAACCCGGAGCUCACUGACAACAACCUGAUGAUCCCGCUCACCAACUACGGCAUUCCCUGCAUGUCCAUGGGCUUCCUGGUGGACGACGCGGCGCCCAUCGUGUGGCGAGGCCUGAUGGUGAUGUCGGCGAUCGAGAAGCUGCUGCGGCAGGUGAACUGGGGCUCGUUGGACUACCUGGUGGUCGACAUGCCUCCGGGGACCGGAGACGUCCAGCUGUCAAUCAGCCAGAACAUCCCUGUGGCAGGAGCGGUGAUCGUGUCGACGCCGCAGGACAUCGCCCUGCUGGACGCUCGCAGAGGAGCCGAGAUGUUCAAGAAAGUCAACGUGCCGGUUCUGGGUCUGGUGCAGAACAUGAGCGUCUUCCAGUGUCCAAACUGUCACCACCAGACUCACAUCUUCGGCUCAGAUGGAGCCCGGAGGCUCGCUGAGACGCUGGGAGUUCACUUCUUAGGUGACAUCCCUCUCCACCUGAACAUCAGAGAAAUGUCCGACAGAGGACAGCCAGUGGUCGUCUCCUCCCCUGACAGCCCCGAGGCUGAGGCGUACAAGAAGGUAGCGGCUGCUGUGGUGCGACGACUGGAGGAAGUCAGCACUUGAUUGACAGCUAGACAGCUGGUCACCGUCAACAGGAAAUGAAGUCACGGACAGGAAGUGAUGGUCAACAGACACACAAUAACACACACACACACACACAAGCGAGAGGUGCAUGUACAUCUGGGACGUACACACACAGAGACGGACACACAGUCAGACAAACCUGCCGCUGUCUGAACGCACAAAAAAUAAAAACCUAUAAUAAUUCUAUAAUAAAUCUGCAGCUAAAUACAGCAAAGAGCACAGCCACUAGCAGAAUGCACUGUGUAUUACUAACAGAUGUAUUUAAUCAAGCUCUGGGCUUCACCUCGUUAGCUUAUCUUCUGUUUCACAAUGUACAACAGUUUAUUUUCCUGUGUUUUAUGUCAUGUUAAAUACCCUUCCUUUUACUGCCAGCAAAACAGCGUGGAUUUAGUCGUUACGUCAUUCCGUGUCGCUGUGUGAACAUAAAAAUUGCACAAAAUAAAAUCUCCACAUCCUAAUAAAAUCAGAUUUUUGAUGAAAGUACAAACACAGCUGUGUCUCCUGAAUGGGAGCUGCCAUUCUGGAAAAACCUAAAAUCCUGAAAAAGUGUAAAAUCGCAUUUCUGACUGAGAUUUUUGGUGACAUGCAAAACUUAAAAAAAAAAAAAAAAAAAAAAGAUGGAGAAAGACAUGAAAUUCAUAUAUUGGACAAAAUCCAGAGCAGAAAUGAGGAAUAGCAGCGACUCAGAACACACAGACGAGUGUUAAAAAAAGCAGCGAUGAAGGUUUUCAACAGUUUUUAAAGUUCAGUUUGAAUUAGGUUUCUGGUUUUCUGCAUUGGCUGUGGUUUCUCAUCCAUCAGUGUUUUGCUCUGCGUGGUUUUACAAUCUGACCAGGAAAACCAGGAUCUUUUCCCUCCUGUCCGUAUGUCCAAGUCCAGUUGGCCGCAGAGCUGGCCGUAGGACUUUGGUGGCCCUAAACAAGAUUUUGUUUGUGACCCCAAAACACAUCCAACACAACCAUCAAAUCAUGCACACACUGCUGUAUGUAUGAUCUACAAAGAUACAAUUUACAAAGCUAAUCAUUAGUCUGAAACAACUUGGACCAAUUAGAAUAGAAAUACUUUAUUCAUCCCACAGGGAAAUUCAGGUAUCCAGCAGCUCAAAACAUAACAUAUAAUAAAAAAUAGAUAAAUAUAAAAAAAAGAAAAAUACAUAAUAAAUAAAAGCAACAUAGAAGCAGCACAAUUAUUGCUCAAGUCCAAUCCACAUGUCGAUGUGGGGGCUUUGGGAAGUGUUGAGGUGUGAAAGGCCUUCAGAGUUGUUAAAGAGCCUUAUGGCUGUGGGGACAAAUUCAGACAUUUGAUAGAUUUAUUUAUUUAAUAAACAGUUUAAAAUAAAUAGUUUAUUUAAAUAAUUAAUCAAAACACCAAUAUGUAAUGUUGCAAGAAAGCACUGGAUGCUGGUCAACAAACCUACUGUAACCUUUAUGAAUCAUAAAUAAUGAUGCAUCCUACUCAUGUUAGCUAACGUUAGAUAGCAAGCAAAGAGUAAGAAAUCAUCAAGCUUGUUUAAAUGAUUUCAGCUAAAAUCAUAAACACAUAACAUUCAUCACAGCUUCCCAGGUUAAGUUAUUGUGGCUUAGUUUAACUCAUUCAAAAUCAAAACACAAAUUUUAAUGUUGAAAAAAAAAAAAAAAA